AUGGACCUGCAGUACUCGUCAGACUCGGACAGCGAUACUCAGGAAGCUCUCAGACCCCCGCCAGAGAGCUUUCUUCUAAAGUACUCGGAGACUCCCGUUUUCAGGCGCAAGGAGACACCCAGCAAGAGAACGACGCACGUGUUUCUGCACAUACCCUUGUCGAAUGAACAGCACGCUCUUCUGCAUUCGCUGGCCAGAAAGUUCUGGGACGAGCUGAGCCGGCGGUGUGUGCUCGACGAGUCGGCCACUUUACUGGAAACCCUGUUCGACGAGCUCACAGACACUGCCAGAAGUCUCCAUAUUUCUCUGUCAUACAACCUGACUUUUGAAAACGACCAAAAACUUGGAGAGUUCAUCUCCUUGCUGGAGGAGAAACUGUCACUGAAAACUCCGUUGGAGGUUGGCUUUUCCGGCGAAACCAGACUCCUCCCCAGUUUAGACGGGUCCAAGCAGUUUGUUGCCCUGAUGGUGGAUCAAGAAACACGCAAUAAGCUUGAAAGCACGGUGGAACUGAUAAACCACCAUAUUCCGGGCAAAAGAGACGGCGUCAAUAACAUGCCGUACAGCCCGGACUUCCUCCACUGCACCAUCGGCGAGAUACACCAGAAAGACGUGCAAUUCAGCGCACACCUACAGCCGGUCACGCUCGCGGCUGCCAGCGUCAUGGCCUCGCAGGGGAGGAGCAAGACACCCUUGCACCAGAAAGAUGCUGGCGAGGCGAGAAAAAAACCAGCGCAACAAGCCACAUAA